GAAAUAGAAUUAGAAUCAUUUAUUUGUGAAACAUAGGUAAAGAAAGGUUUAUUAGUGGUACCUACUACAUCUAAUAAAAAUAGCUAUUUAACCGAUUCCCAGUUCCACCUUUAUGGGAUAAUAAUUUAUCUGUAUAAAGUUAUAAGCCUACAAGAUGAACUACUUAUAUUUUCCUGAAAACACAAUGUCUGCAAAACAGCAACGGGAAAAUAAAUCAACAAAAUCUGGAAGAAAUUUGAAAACACAGAAAGUAAUGAAAACAAAUAAAUCAACUCUUUCUCUGAAUCUAUGCAGAGUUUGCAGUAAAUCUAAGGCUGAUGUUUCAAUAUUUAAAAAUUCUCACAAAACAUACCUUGCAAACGAAAUCAAAUGCUUCUCUGGUGUGCUGAUAGAAGAAUGUGACAUGCUUCCCAAGUCCAUCUGCCGGAGUUGCUUGUACCUGCUGGACGGCUGUAUCAAGUUCCGGGACAUGUGCCGGGCCAGCGACCAGGCUUUCCGGAGAGCUCUCUUAACGCAAACAUUGGUUAAAGCGGGGAAAUCUAUGGAAAAUGUUUGCAGUGUAGCAGACAAAUGCAAAGAAGUUCACAAAAGUAGAAUAAAAGUUGAAGAGUUUUAUGAUGAUACAGAUGAUAUAUUCUCAAAUGAAAUUUGUGACGAAAUGAAAGAAAAGGAAAUCUCAACACAAACAAAAAAAUCGCAAAAUGAUGAGCCAACGAGGGAGCCAGUGAGAACCAAGAAACAGUUUCUAUGUGACCACUGUGGGAAAAUAUGCCCAUCCCCAGCACAUCUGCGACUACACAUGAGUACACAUUACAACAUAUUUCCCUUUAAAUGCGAUGUAUGUCCAUACAAAGGUCGUACGAAAACUCUUCUGAAUUUGCACAAAAAAACUCAUCUAGACGUGAAGCCUUGUAAAUGUAUGUAUUGUCCGAGAACAAUGACCACUAUUGGUAAUUUGAAAAAGCACAUAGCUCGUGUACACAGCACAGCCAGGCCGUUUGAGUGCUCUAUUUGUGAGAAGAGAUUCAAAAUUAAAUCCGAUCUAAAUAAGCACAUCAAUUUCAUCCAUGAAAAUAGAGGCUUUAUGGAGUGUGAAAUAUGUAAGAAAGCUUUUAGAAAAAAGCACCUCCGUAAACACCAAUUUCGAAUUCACAAAAUCCAGAGGGAAAAAAUAUAUCCUAGCAAAGUACCGUCUUACAUACUUUGUUCUCGGACUACCGGUGACCAAGAAUUAGCAAGCACGGAAGUAAUUGAACAGAACCCAGUUGUUUAAUAGGUACAUGAUAUCAUGAUGUUUAAAUUUUAUAAUAAAUUAUUUAACUACCUAUGUCAUGAAGAAUGAUUA